GCGCGACGAACGACGAGCUUGGCUAAGCUGGGAUUGGCAGCACGAUCGACGAUAGCAUUUGGCUGGACUGUGAUUGGCAGUGCGAUCGAUGACGACGACUGACGGGGGCUUUGCUCGUCUGGAUCUCACGAGGGAGGACUCCAAGUGGUGGUGUCCAAUCCCAAAUCGUACAAAAGAGUACCACAGAAUUCCUAAAAGGUUUGCAAGGGUUUUCAUCCCUACACCAUUCCUCAUUCCUAAGGUAAUCUUCCUCGAAGAAUUACCACCAUCGGUGCAGGAGAAGAAGAACUCAAGAGAAGCUUUUCUCUAUCGUUCCACUGCAGAGCACAUCAGCACCUUUACAUCAGACCUAUGGGAAGCAAGAAAUGGAAAACCCCACUUAAGGAGUAUUGCAAAUUUUUGUCGGAAUUUUUCCAAUAGUAUGUGAGCAAUGGUACACAAGCGGAGUUCAAUAUUGACCCUGAGAGCCAGAGCUAACUGGUGUAGAAGACAAAGACACAGAAAUAUGGCUAAACAACAAGAGAAUCCCAAUGCACCAAACUUAUCCAAUAACAAUAGACGCACAGGUCAAUCCCAUUUUAUUGGCACAUGAUCGAAACAUACCUAUCAAACUUAUAUGCGUCGUCAAACCUAUAUGAUUCCUCACCAGGAAUCAUGAGUUCGGAUUUUUAUGGCAUAAGGUUUGAGAUGAAGUCGAUUAUGUUGGAAAUGAUUCAAGCAACAGGUCAGUUUGGUGGUGUGACAGGCAAAGAUCGACAUGUGCACUUAAAGAGCUUCAUGGAGAUCUGCAACACCUUUGUGAUUCAUGGAAUCAUAGCUUAAGGAAUUAAACUAUCAUUGUUUCCCUUUUCUAUCAGUGAUGAGGUGAGGCAAUGGGCGUACUAUCUUGAGUUGGAGGAAAUCUCAACAUGGGAGCACAUGAUUGAGAAAUUCAUGCAAAAAUACUUCCUACCAACUAUGAACGCCAAAUGCAGACGAGAUAUUGCUAAUUUCAAGUAGAAUGAUGUAGAAAAUUUGGGUGAUGCUUGGGCCAGAUUUAAAAGGCUUGUUAGAAAUUGUCCACACAAUGGGUUGCCAGAUUGCAUCCAGAUAGAGAUAUUCUACGAAGGUUUGAACAAGCUAUCGCAAUGAAUAGUUGAUUUUGCAGCAGUAGGAGGUUUGUUAGGCAAAACUUACAUAAAGGCUAAGAAAAUUUUGGAUAGAAUUUCGAGGAAUAAUGAUGAAUGGGUAAACAAUAAGUAUGGAACUAGAAUUGUGGAAAAGAGAACUACGAAUGCUGGAGCACUAAAAUGGUUACGGUCACAGCCCUCUCAGCACAAAUGGUGGUUGUGACUAACUUGUUAAAGACUGUGGCAUUGAAUCAAGUAAAUGUCAAUAGUAUAAAUUAAGUCAAUGCAUUGAGCCAAGUUGCGGCGGUUGGAUGCAUGGGAUAUAGUGAGCCGCACACCUUUGACAUGUGCUCACAUAACCCUUAGUAGUUUGUUUUAUUAUCAACAAUCUCUUCAGCAACACAUAUAACCUUGGAUGGAGAAACCAUCCAAAUUUAUCAUGGAAAGGGAGUCAACAGACUGAUCCAACUGGGGGAAACCAACAAGGAAAUAAAGGUACUUACUUGAGCAAGGAGUAAUCCUUCUUCAUUCAAACGAAAGGUACACCGCCAAGCUUUCAUCAAGGGCCUCAAGGCCACCAGCAA